GAUUUGUCCUUAUAUAAAUACAAGAUUUCUCUUUUUUCCCCAUUUUCUCACAUUUUUCGUUUGCGAAAGCACAGAGGGAUCUUCAUCGUCGUCGUCAUCAUCAUCAUGUCGCGACAGAGAUCCAAAAGAACCGAACUACCUCCCGCUCAAGAGAAUAUUGAUAAAUUGGAGAAAGUUGUAAACGAGGGCAAUUAUUAUGGAGCUCAACAAAUGUACAAAUCUAUUAGUGCCAGAUAUGUAUCUGCUCAGAGGUACUCUGAAGCGUUAGAUAUCCUACAUUCAGGAGCAUGCAUUCAAUUGGCUCAUGGACAGGUUACAUGUGGAGCAGAGCUUGCUUUAUUGUUUGUGGAGACAUUAGGGAAAGGGAAAAUUCCUUAUGAUGACAAAACACUUGAUCUUCUUGAGAAAAUCUACAAAACGUUUCCUCGGGUUCUACUGCCACAACACCUGUGGGAUGUUGAUGACAUGCAGCAGCUUUCUGAAACCAUUGGAGCUGCAAAGACACGUGUUGAGGGCUGCUCCUCAUUCUUAAAAGCUGCUAUAAGGUGGUCUGCCGAAUUUGGAGCAAAUAGUUCUGGAUCUCCAGAACUGCAUAUUAUGCUAGCUGAAUACAUAUAUUCUGAAAGUCCUGAGGUGGAUAUGACUAGAGUGACAUAUCACUUUGUAAGAGGAAAUAAUCCAAAGAAGUUUGCUUCUACUCUAGUGAAUUUUUUGGGCAGGUGUUAUCCUGGCGAAGGUGAUUUGGCCAUUGCUCGGGCGGUUUUAAGGUAUUUAUCUUCAGGUAAUUUGAGAGAUGCGAACAUACUAAUGGAUGAGAUAAAGAAGCAAGUUGAAUCUGCUGAGGUUGAGAUUCCUCGGACAGACUUGAUGCAGUUCAUCAAUUAUCUUUUGCCAACGAUGGAGAGAGAUGCUUUGCCUCUUUUUAAUAUGUUAAGAGCAAAUUUUAAGUCAAGCAUUGACAGGGAUCCAACGUUCAAUGAGAUGCUAGAUGAUGUUGCGGAAAAGUUCUAUGGAGUACAGCGAAGGAACCCCAUGGGAAUGUUUGGAGAUAUAUUCAAGUUGAUGGGGGCUUAGUAAUGAUUGACAUUCAUUAUUGAGACACCACCAGAUGGAGCAGCAACUUGGAAAUGAUUCAAAUAAUUACAAUACAUUUAUUUAAAGAUGAAGCAAAUUCAUGUCAGGGAACAAAAUCUUUGUGUAAUCUCUUGAUUUUGAUGAAUUUGUUGUCAUUUGUAUAUUCUAGUUUCACAAUUUUGCUAAGUUCACGUUUUAAGUGUUUUUGCCGUUAAAAACUUGACAGUGAAGUUUGAUUGCAUCUUGUUAGAUUUAAUCUUUCAUUAAUAGCCAAUAGAUCCUAUGCUCUGAGACAUGUACCUCCUUUUCUUCCUUUUC